CAUUAGCUGUUACUGUCAGCGGCAGUCAGGAGAAAACAGCCUGGUCAAGAACUAAUGAGCCAGCAGCAUCAGCAUCCAAGGCCUUUCUGCAGAACCCGGUAUCCCGCACAGAGGGCAUUGGAGUGAGCCGCACGGGCGCCAGAGGGACAGACUUGCUCACGCUCAGCUUAGCUCAGGACCAAACCGUUAGCCAGCCAAAUCCUCUGGGGUGGGGUGGGGAAAAGACGGGCUCAUUAUCCCGCUCGGCGCUGUGUCUGAGGCAGCUGGCCUGGCUGUACAUUAAUAGAUUACACUGAGGAUUUGCGAUUGUUAACAGGGAAGAGAGCUUUAGCUGGAUCCAUUCUGGUAACAGGCCACUGAGUCUCGCCGAGCCAGUGGAGGACGCAUCCUCGAGGAGGGACCUGUACUUUUUCCCCUCCCGGUUACACAUUUUCUUACAAGCCCAGGUUGCUUCCACCUUAAGAAGGACAUUCGCUAAGACCUGCCACCAUGGAUGAAUGGGACCUCCCACAGUGGAAGAAGGAAGUAGACAGCCUGAAAUACCAACUGGCUUUUAAGAGGGAAAUGUCUUCUAAAACGAUACCUGAGUUGAUGAAGUGGAUAGAAGACAGCAUUCCAGAAGACCCAUUUCUGAAUCCAGAGCUGAUGAAAAGCAACCCUUGGGUGGAAAAAGGAAAAUGUACCAUACUCUAAUGCCCCUAAAUCCAACUUCACUCCCAAGCGGCCGGGGCUGACAAAAUGGCUUCCUCCUGAGAUAUUCAAUUUUGCAUUAACUCUGAAUGUACAUUUUUUUUAUUAGUUUCCUAAUAUGACUAACUGUACAAACACGAUCCUCAUCUUGUCUUAUUAUUUUUAUUAGUAGAAACGAUUCUUUUUUAUACUGAAAAAGCACAGGCCAUAAAAGAGUAAAUUGGUAAGAGACGCAAUGUAUUGGAGACUAGCUGAUUAGCAGCGUCCGAGUGGGGACUUGAAAAGCAAUGUCAAACAACAGGCAAAAGGGCUCUCUUGAUUAAUCCUGUAGUUUUCAAUUAAGCUUGCGCUUAACUAUGCUUCUGUGAACCUUACAAAGCCUUUUUGAACUUGUAAAAGAAAAAAACACUUUUAUAAAAAAAAUUUCAAUACUUUUUUGUAUAUUGUAGAAUAUACAAUUUUGCAGCAACGCCAGUGAAAUAUGAGAACUAAGGGUUUACAAAUGAAAUAAACAAAGCAAUA